GAAGUGCUUGUUAUUAAAUAAUAAUUAUGUCAACAUUAUUUAUUUUUCCUUAAUCCUUUGCCUUUUGAUCUCAUUCCGAAACUCACACAGACCUUCAAAUACCUUUUUGAUCUACUGUUAAGCUUAUGUUUGGCCUCAGAUUGAAUGGGAUCUAGACAGAUCAAGCUUAUAUACCAUUCUGCCUGAGUAGUUGAGUUGACUCAGCUUGGUCUUGGCCCUAAUUGCCCCUCAUCAAAAACGAUAGGGAGCCAUUACCUAGUUCUGUUCCUACCUGCCUAAGCAGAACCAUGCAUGAUCUAGAUCUUAACUUUUAUGAUGUUGUUGUGAUUGGUCUCACAACUAUGGCCUUUCAAGAGGGAAAGAAUUAUGAGCCAAAGAUCUUGAUGUGACCAAGGACAUGGAUAAUGAACAAUAAAUCUGCAGCUUUGGUGGGAACGAUGUUUAGGAAAAGUGAAAGCAAAAACAAAGUUUGGAAUUUUUUAUACAAUUAGAAUAGAGGGUUGUGAAAAUGGCUUACAGUAAUGGUUAAGAGUGCCGAUUUUGUUAGCUUAUUUGCUUGUCCUUAGGUUAUAGAGGACAAUGAUCUUAAAAGUAGAGCAAGAUGAAAGAGCUAAUGUGAGAGACCUUCGAUCUGGAUUAGUCACCGAAGUCAAUACAUCAAUUCAGUGGUUUGAUGGCACUAAAGAAAGAAUUAAGAAGAUGUUUGAUAAGAUCGAACUUUCGGUUUCUUCAUAUGAUACUGCAUGGGUAGCAAUGGUCCCAUCUCCAAAUACCCCAGAAGCUCCUUUUUUUCCUGAGUGUGCAAAGUGGAUAGUUGAUAAUCAACUAAGUGAUGGCUCUUGGGGUCUACCUCAUCGCCAUCCAUUAUUAGUCAAGGAUGCUCUAUCAUCUACAUUAGCAUGUGUCCUUGCAUUGAAGCGAUGGGGUAUUGGUGAAAAUCAAAUUAAUAAAGGCCUCCAAUUUAUUGAGUUAAAUUCUGCUUCUUUAACUGAUCAGAAGCAACAUACACCAUUUGGAUUUGACAUAACAUUUCCCGGUAUGCUUGAGCAUGCUAAAGAUUUGGCGUUGAACCUGCCUUUGAAAUCAGAGUAUGUAGAUGCAAUGCUUUGUGGGAGAGAUUUGGAGCUUAGGAGUGGCUAUGGUGGGAACACAGAAGCAAGAAAAGCCUACUUGGCAUAUGUUUCAGAAGGACUUGGAAAAUUACAGGAUUGGAAAAUGGUCAUGAAUUAUCAACGAAAGAAUGGUUCACUGUUCAAUUCACCAUCCACCACUGCUGCUGCUUUUAGUCAUCUUCAAGAUGCUGAUUGUCUUCGUUACCUGCAAUCAGUCUUAGAGAAGUUUGGGAAUGCAGUUCCAACCAUUUAUCCUUUGGAUAUGUAUGCUCGUCUUUCUAUGGUUGACAUGCUUGAAAGGUUGGGAAUUGAUCGGCAUUUCAGGAAGGAAAUAAAAUUUAUGCUGGAUGAAACAUACGGAUACUGGCUGCAGGGGAAUGAAGAAAUAUUUCUAGAUUGUGCCACCUGUGCAAUGGCGUUUCGAAUAUUACGUGUCAAUGGAUAUGAAGUGUCUUCAGAUAUGUUAACUCAGUUCACGAAGGAAUGCUUCUUCAGUUCACUUGGAGGAUAUUUAAAGGACACAAGGGGUGCCUUGGAGUUAUUCAAAGCUUCGCAGAUAAUUUAUCCUGAUGAAUCACUUCUUGAAAAACAAAAUUCAUGGACAAAUCAUUUCCUGAAACAGGAAUUAUCCAGCGGUUCAAUUUAUGCUGACAGACUCGGUAAACAUCUUACCACAGAGGUGCAAGAUGCUCUGAAUUUUCCUUACUAUGCUGAUUUGGAACGCUUAUCUAACAGGAGGAGCAUUGAGCAUUAUACUGUAGAUGAAACAAGGAUUUUAAAAACCUCAUAUCGUUGUUCAAACAUAGGGAAUGAACAUUUUCUUAAACUGGCGGUAGAGGACUUCAACGUCUGCCAAUCGGUACACCGUGAAGAACUUGAACAUCUUGCGAGGUGGGUUAUGGAGAAAAGGUUGGACAAGCUAAAAUUUGCUAGGCAGAAGCUGGAUUAUUGUUACUUCUCCAGUGCAGCUACACUCUUCGCUCCUGAACUGUCUGAUGCCCGCAUGUCAUGGGCAAAAAAUGCUGUGCUUACUACUGUUGUUGAUGACUUCUUUGAUGUUGGAGGGUCUGAGGAGGAAUUGGUCAACCUUAUCCAAUUGAUUGAAAAGUGGGACGUAGAUGGGAGCACUCACUGUUGUUCAGAGCAUGUCGAGAUCUUGUUUUCAGCACUUCACAGCACCAUUUGUGAGAUUGGAGACAAAGCGUUCACAUGGCAAGGACGUAAAGUGACAAGUCAUAUUAUCGAGAUUUGGUUGGAUUUGCUGAAGUCGAUGUUUACAGAAACUCGGUGGUCAAGAAUCAAGAUGACGCCUACACUCGAUGAAUAUAUGACUAAUGGAUAUGUAUCAAUUGCUUUAGGACCAAUUGUCCUUCCAGCUCUGUACUUUGUUGGGCCAAAACUUACAGAAGAGGAAGUUAGAAACCCUGAAUUACAUGAUUUAUUUAAGGCUAUGAGUACUUGUGGGCGUCUACUCAAUGAUUGGAGAGGCUUUCAGAGAGAAUCGAAAGAAGGGAAAUUGAAUGCUGUCUCAUUGCACAUGAUUCAUGGAAGUGGUGUUGUAACUGAAGAAGAGGCCAUCAGAAAGUUAAAGGAUUUGAUUAGCAGCCACAGGAGACAACUGUUGAGACUGGUUUUGCGAGAAAACAAUAGCAUUAUCCCGAGACCAUGCAAAGAUUUGUUUUGGAAAAUGAUCAAAGUGUUGCAUUUGUUUUACAUGAAGGAUGAUGGAUUCACCUUAGAUGAGAUGAUUAAUGCUGCAAAUGCAGUAGUUGCUAAACCCAUCUCUUUUCAUGAACUAGAGAAUCUAUGGAUGGAAAAUUGAGUGCCGCUGCAAUAUCUGUGAUUCAUCACCGGUGGUGGUGGUUGUUACCAAAGCAGAAGCCACUAAGAAGAGAAGAAGAAAAGGGUGAAUGAAACUAGUUUUUGUACAGGAAAGUAACUGGUGAAGCUAGUCAUGUUAGAAAGGGGUACCCUGUGUAUCUAUUUUUCUUGGAUAUUUAAACAGUGUGAUCACAGAAACUGUCUUAAGUUAAUUGUUGGAGCCUAAAGAAAUCUAAAAAGAAAGUGGAAUCUAAAUAUUAGUAAUUUA